AUGGUUUUACCAUUUCAAUGUCUUGUCGCUCGCAGCGGACCUACGGCGACAUCGCAUGAGUGGACGCUGUUUGGCGCAAGCAGCUCAAAACUCGUUGUGCAGUCCAGCAAUGGAGACAGAUCAAUUUGGCCAGAACAAGAUGACCGUGUAAGACAAGAGGAUGAGACCCAAGAACCACCCGGAAAACGAAUCAAAUUGUCAGUCUCGAAAGACACAGAAAAAAAGCCGAACUUCUUGUCUUUGGUCUUGUCAAACGACGGGCAGUAUCUAGUUGGCGUCACAGGCGAAGACAAGUGCAUCCGUGUAUUCCAGAUCGACUCGCAGAACCGUCUACAGCAGCUAAGCGAAAGGUGCAUGCUCAGGCGGCCUUGUUCGAUUACUCUAUCAUCGGACGACUCCACCAUCCUAUGUGCUGACAAGUUUGGAGAUGUGUAUGCUCUUCCACUACUGCCAUCACCUGACGAAGAACGGCCAGAGACUCCUGUAAUCCAAGAGCCCGUCGAGACUAAGGAGGAUACAUUCGCACCUGCUGCCACUGUUCUCACCGUUCACUCAGGAAGAAACAGGAAGACACUAGAAGAACAGCUGAAACAGAAAGCCAAAGGCCCUGCUAAGCCCAGAGAAAUCAUUAAGUUCAAGCACGAUCUUCUCCUUGGGCAUGUCUCUAUGCUUACAGAUAUUGUAUUCGCAAAGACGGACUCUCGUACCUAUAUCAUAACAGCAGAUCGAGAUGAGCAUAUCCGGAUCUCACGCGGACCACCCCAAGCCCACAUCAUCGAAGGGUUCUGCUUUGGACAUGAAGCGUUCGUGAAUCGACUCUGCCUGACACAGUCUGGAUCGCUCGUGUCUGGGGGUGGAGAUGACCACCUGUUUGUGUGGGAUUGGAAGAAUUACCAGCUCAUUGAGAAACUUCCUAUUCGAGAUGUCGUGUUGGACCAUAUCAAUUCCCGUGCAGAGCUCGGCUCAGCAGCAGCAGACAAGGAUAACUUCAAAAUCGCGGUUACUGGGAUAUGGAAUGUACCGAGUAGCAGUAGCAAGAACGACGAGAUCUUGGUGGCCUGUGAAGGAAUACCCGCUUUGUUUCACUUCAAUAUCGGUUCUGCCGCGACGACUGAUACCGCAAUACCUCUAAACGGCAAUGCAUUAGAUGUGGCCUUUGUUCAGACAUCUCAAAAAUCGUGCACGGUUUUUGUCGCUAUCGACCAUGUACACAAACCAGGUUCCACAGUACUGGUCCGAGAUGAUCAGAAUGCCCCUCGUUUACAGUGUUUCUCAAACACAGAUGGUCGUUGGCAGGAGGAUGUAACCACAGAGGAAGCUGUAGGAUGGUUUGGCAGCCAGGGACAGGAAGACAGCAGAGCUGGUCCUGAGUUGAUUGAUGAGAAAGCAUUGCGAGACAUGCUCUACAAUGUGGAGAACCUUAGGAAGCGUCCAGGCGCGGAGGAUUAG